CUAAUUUGUUCAUCAUUCAAUUGAUCUCAUCCGAUCCAUACACAUUAGUUUUUCUUUUCAGACAAUUAAUUGAAUCUAUGGCAUCAUCUUCUUCUUCUACGAGAAAUUCACAGUACUGUCCUCGAUGGAAGUAUGAUGUCUUUCUAAGUUUCAGAGGAGUUGAUACCCGGAAUAAUUUUACGAGUCACUUGCACAAAGGUUUGAAAAAUAGGGGAAUAUUCACCUUUCUAGAUGAUGAAAGGCUAGAGGAUGGCGAUUCCAUCUCAAAAGAACUCGUGCAAGCGAUAGAAGAGUCUCAAGUUGUUGUAAUCGUUUUCUCAAAAAAAUAUGCUACGUCAAGGUGGUGCUUGAAUGAACUAGUGAAGAUUAUGGAAUGCAAGGAGAAAGAAACUGGACAAACAGUUAUACCGGUCUUCUAUUAUUUGGAUCCAUCACAUGUUCGAUACCAAAUUAAGAGCUUUGCAAAAGCAUUUGCCAAACACGAAUUGAGGUAUAAGGAUGAUGUUGAGGGGAUGCAGAAGGUUCGAGGAUGGAGGAAUGCCCUAACUGCUGCCGCAGAUCUAAAAGGACAUAAUAUUCAUGACGGGAUUAAUCAAUCAAAGGAAAUUGAGCAGAUCGUCGACCACAUCUCUUCCAAAUUUUGCAAGAGUGCUCGCUUUUUAUCUUAUUUGCAAGAUGUUGUGGGAAUAAAUGCUCAUUUGGAGGAACUAAAAUCCCUACUUCAAAUAAAAAUCGAUGAUGUUCGAAUUGUUGGGAUCUGGGGAAUAGGCGGAGUCGGUAAAACGACGAUAGCAAAAGCCUUCUUUGAUACUUUAUCUGAUCAAUUUAAAGCUGCUUGUUUUCUUGCCGAUGUUAAAGAAAAAACAAGAAAUAAUCAACUGUAUUCUUUACAGAAUACUCUUCUCUCUGAACUGUUAAAAAAAAAAGAUUACGUCAAUAAUAAGUAUGAUGGGAAGUGCAUGAUUCAGAGCAGACUUUGUUCUAUGAAGGUGUUGAUUGUGCUUGAUGACAUUGAUGAAAGAGAUCAUUUGGAGUAUUUAGCAGGUGAUGUUGGUUGGUUUGGUAAUGGAAGUAGAGUUAUUGUAACAACUAGAAAUAAAAAAUUGAUAGAGGAUAGUGAUGAAAUAUAUGAAGUGCAUACACUACCUGAUCAUGAAGCUAUGCAAUUGUUCAAUCAACAUGCUUUCAAAAAAGAAGUUCCAGAUGAGUGUUUUAAGAAGUUCUCAUUGGAGGUAGUAAAUCAGGCUAAAGGCCUUCCUUUAGCCAUCAAGGUGUGGGGUUCUAUGUUGCAUAAGAAAGGCAUAGAUAAGUGGGAAAAAAUUGUAGACCAAAUAAAGAAAAAGUCUAAUUUAGAAAUUGUUGAAAAACUCAAAAUAAGUUAUGAUGGGUUGGAGCCCGAAGAGCAAAAGAUAUUUCUAGAUAUCGCAUGUUUCUUCCGUGGGCAUGAUAGAAAACAAGUCAUGAAAAUUGUUGAAAGCUAUGAUUUUGGAGCUGAAUACAUAUUGGAUGUCCUAAUUGACAAAUCCCUUGUGUUCAAAUCUGAAUAUGAUGAUAUUGAAAUGCAUGACUUGAUUGAAGAUAUGGGCAAAUACAUAGUAAAAAUGCAAAAAGAUUCCGGAGAACCUAGCAGAAUAUGGAAUGUUGAAGAUUUCGAAGAUGUGAUGAUGGGCAAUAUGGGGACCAUGACAGUGGAAGCAAUCUGGCUUACUUAUUUUAAAAAUGUAAGCUUUAGCACAGAGGCAAUAAAAAAUAUGCAAAGGCUUAGGAUAUUAUGCAUACAGACUUGGGCUUCCCAAAGUGAUUCAGAAGAUGGCUCUAUUGAAUACCUGUCCAACAACUUGUGUUGGUUUGUGUGGCAUCAUUAUCCUUGGAAGUUAUUGCCAGAAAAUUUUAAUCCCAGAAGGCUUGUUCAUCUUGAUCUCCAAAGGAGUUCAUUGCAUUAUUUAUGGAAUGAAACAAAGCUGCAGCAAUUUCUGUCUCUACGAAGGAUAGAUCUAAGUUACUCUAGAUGCCUGAAGAGAACACCAGAUUUCAAGGGGAUGCCAAAUUUGGAGUAUUUGGAUCUAAAGAAAUGUACGAGUCUUGAAGAAGUUGAUCCUUCCCUCAAGUAUUGCAAAAAACUCAUCCAUUUAAAUUUGUAUGAGUGUGAAAGCCUUGAGAGGUUUCCAUAUGUUAAUGUGGAAUCUCUUGAAUCUUUGAAUCUAGACAACUGCUCUAUUUUAGAGAAAUUUCCAGAAAUCCAUGGAAGGAUGAAGCAGGGAACUGCCAUAAAGAUUAUGGCGUCAUACUCUAGGAUAAGGGAACUGCCAUUAUAUUUCUUUGAUCACCAACCUCAUCUUAUAGAGCUACAUUUGGAUGGCAUGACAAACCUUGCAUCUCUUCCAAACAGCAUUUGUAAGUCGAAAGGUUUGGCGAAGCUAUCUGUGUCAAGGUGCUCAAAACUUGAAAGCUUGCCAGAAGAGAUAGGUGAUUUAGAAAACUUGGAGGAGCUUUAUGCCAGCUAUACUCUAAUCUCACGUCCUCCAUCUUCCAUCGUCCGGUUAAACAAGCUUAAAAGUUUGAGUUUCCGAAAAACAAAAUCAGAAAUUAGAGUGUACUUUGUGUUCCCUCUGGUGAAUAAAGGGUUACUCUCAUUGGAAUCUCUGGAUCUCAGUGGCUGCAAUAUAAUAGAUGGAGGACUUCCGGAAGACAUUGGAUGUUUAUCCUCUUUGAAAGAGUUGCAUCUCAGUGGAAAUAAUUUUGAGCAUUUGCCUCAAAGCAUAUCCAAACUUGGUGCUCUUGAAUACUUGGACUUAUCAGAUCGCAAGAGACUUACAAAGUACACUAGAUAUUUUUCCUUCAAGGGAAAUAAUUUUGAGCAUUUUCCUCAAAGCAUAUCCAAACUUGGUGCUCUUGAAUACUUAUCAGAUUGCAAGAGACUUACACAGCUGCCAGAAGACAUUAGAUGUUUAAUUUCUUUGGAAGAGUUGCAUCUCCGUGAAAAUAAUUUUGUGCAUUUGCCUCAGAGCAUAUCCGAACUUGGUGCUCUUCGAUCCUUGUACUUAUCAGAUUGCGAGAGGCUUACACAGCUGCCAGAAUUUCCACAGCAAUUACACACAAUAGAUGCAGAUUGGAGCAAUGCUUCGAUCUGUAAUUCGUUGUUUCAGAACAUCUCAUCAUUGCAGCAUGACAUCUGUUCUUCACAUUCCUUGUCACUAAGAGUGUUUGGGAGUUGGGCGGAGAAUAUCCCAAGUUGGUUCGACUAUAAGGGAAUGGGCACAAGUGUAUCAGUCAAUUUGCCUAAGAAUUGGUAUGUAAGUGAUAACUUCUUGGGAUUUGCUGUAUGUUAUUCUUACAAAUAUUAUAUUGAUUGCAUCACAGCUCAUUUGAUUCCCUUAUGUGAUGAUGGGCUGUCGUCGAUGACCCAGCAAUUUGCCUUAUCCAACAAUUCAGAAUAUUCUGAUUACAAUAGUAUUAAUUUUUUGUUGGUACCUCUUGGUGGCUUAUGGGAUGCAUCUAAUGCAAAUGGAAAAACACCAAAUGACUAUGGGUGCUUUAGGUUAUUUACCCCUGGACAAAUAAAGGAAUAUGGAGUUCGUUUGUUGUAUAAAGAUGAAGCUGAGCUUCACAUUGGGAUAAGGAAGAGCAGAUAUGAAGAAGAGGCCACUUGCUCCUCUUCUAAGAAACAGAGGUCACAAGUAGAUUAAAUAUACCUCAUGAAUUUGUUUGUAAUGAAAUUGUGCUCUCUUUAACAAAUUGCAGAUGAAUGGAAAGACAUUUUUAUUUUAAUUAAUAAGUGUCACACUCUUUUUCUAUUUUAUUAAGUGCAAGAAACACAUUUCUGAAAAUAAUGUAAUCUAAGCAAAGAAACAUUGCUACAUA